AGACGUUUAAAAUCCAAUCAGAAUUCGCCAGUGGAAAUUUAUCAUUGUGUCGCCUGAAAAAAAUGUCGCAUUUAUUCGAGAAUGACCAACAUUCCUAAGGAGCAACUCAGAAAAAUGGAAUUAGGGAGACCUGCGGAUUUCUCUUUUAAAAAAUUGACAAAGAUCCAAGCUAUUGGUUUGGAAAAUGCCAGAUACACCAGAGUAGGAGGAGUACCCGAUAAAGGCCCCGAAAAACGGUUUUUAACAAAAUCACUUUGGCUUAACAACAACAAAUUGAAAUCCACCAAAAAUCUCAAUUUACUGGUUGAUGCGGCUAUAGAAUAUCCUGCCGAACUUGGCUGGAUUGAUUUUUCCUUCAAUUUUAUCAGUCACAUAGAUGAGAGCCUGCUCAAGUUCCCAAAUUUGAGAAUACUUUAUUUUCAUGGAAAUUGCUUCAACGAUUUGAAUGAAGUUUUCAAAUUGAGACCGCUGAAAGGCUUGAGAAGUGUAACUUUUCACGGAAAUCCCAUAGCAAAUCAUCCAAGAUAUAGAAGUUAUGUUGUAUCGGUCUUACCACAAAUCGUCAACUUGGACUUCACGCCAGUGGUCAAAACAGAAAAAUUAUUUGCCGUGCCUCCGGAAGUUGUUAAGAAAUUUCAAGAAGAAAAACUAAAAAGACAAUCAACAUCUCAAAAACUGCCUUAAGAAUUACAUACCUACCUAUACUUGAGUUUUUAUAUUUACAUUUUCUUUUACAUAAUAUAUUUUUGAUACAUUUUUA